AUGACCAAGAAAAUACCAAAAAAUGUUGAGGGGCAUCCGGAAAAAUCUAUACAGAUAUCAAUGGAUGAAGAGGUGAAAAACCACGAAAACUCGAGUAUAAAGGGUCAGAAAAAUAAAAAAGAGAAGCAAAAGAAAAGGAAGAAGAAAAAGAGGAAAUCGAAGAAAAGGGGAAAGAAGGUGAGGAAGAAGAAAAAGAAGAAAAACGGAAAUAAGAAGAAAUCAAGGAAAAAGACAAAACCCAAGCUGCCAAAGGAAUAUCUUGAAGAGCAAGAAGAGGAUAUUGAGCUAUAUAAAGAUCACGAACAGGAGAAGGGUGAAAGUAUGGUAGAAGAUGUAAAUAAAUCAGGUAAAGAUAAAGGUGAAGCGAAAAAUGAUGGAAAUAUUGAAUCUUCUAAGGCAGGUGAAGCUAGAGAUCCAUCCUCUGAAAAUUCUUCAAAAACUGAGAAAGGAGAACUUGUACAUGCCAGUGAUAACAAAAACAUAAAAUGGAAACCAAAGCCAACAGAGGAAGAACGGAUGGAAGGAGAAAAUAUAUCGUUUGAUGAAGAUAAUGACAAGAAAGAAGAAAAAGAGGAACAAAUUAUAGAACCAUCUGAAAAGAAACAAAAUGAAGAAAAAAGCAUACAGUUGAAUAAGAAACAGGAAACAAAGAAAAGGGGAGAAAAGAACAGAAAAUUGAGCAAGAAAAAGAAGACAAAUAAAGAGAUUAAGAGGACAAAGAAAAAUAGGAAUGGGAAGAAUAUAGAAAAGAAUGAAAUGACCAAGAAAAUACCAAAAAAUGUUGAGGGGCAUCCGGAAAAAUCUAUACAGAUAUCAAUGGAUGAAGAGGUGAAAAACCACGAAAACUCGAGUAUAAAGGGUCAGAAAAAUAAAAGUGAGAAGCAAAAGAAAAGGAAGAAGAAAAAGAGGAAAUCGAAGAAAAGGGGAAAGAAGGUGAGGAAGAAGAAAAAGAAGAAAAAAGGAAAUAAGAAGAAAUCAAGGAAAAAGACAAAACCCAAGCUGCCAAAGGAAUAUCUUGAAGAGCAAGAAGAGGAUAUUGAGCUAUAUAAAGAUCACGAACAGGAGAAGGGUGAAAGUAUGGUAGAAGAUGUAAAUAAAUCAGGUAAAGAUAAAGGUGAAGCGAAAAAUGAUGGAAAUAUUGAAUCUUCUAAGGCAGGUGAAGCUAGAGAUCCAUCCUCUGAAAAUUCUUCAAAAACUGAGAAAGGAGAACUUGUACAUGCCAGUGAUAACAAAAACAUAAAAUGGAAACCAAAGCCAACAGAGGAAGAACGGAUGGAAGGAGAAAAUAUAUCGUUUGAUGAAGAUAAUGACAAGAAAGAAGAAAAAGAGGAACAAAUUAUAGAACCAUCUGAAAAGAAACAAAAUGAAGAAAAAAGCAUACAGUUGAAUAAGAAACAGGAAACAAAGAAAAGGGGAGAAAAGAACAGAAAAUUGAGCAAGAAAAAGAAGACAAAUAAAGAGAUUAAGAGGACAAAGAAAAAUAGGAAUGGGAAGAAUAUAGAAAAGAAUGAAAUGACCAAGAAAAUACCAAAAAAUGUUGAGGGGCAUCCGGAAAAAUCUAUACAGAUAUCAAUGGAUGAAGAGGUGAAAAACCACGAAAACUCGGGUAUAAAGGGUCAGAAAAAUAAAAGUGAGAAGCGAAAGAGAAGGAAGAAGAAAAAGAGGAAAUCAAAGAAAAGGGGAAAGAAGGUGAAGAAGAAGAAGAAAUCAAAGAAAAAGACAAAACCAAAGCUGCCAAAAGAAGAUCUUGAAGAGCAAAAAGAGGAACUAAAUCAAGGAAAAGAAAAUAUUAAAUCUUCUAAUGAAGAUAAUGUCAAGAAAGAAGAAAAAGAGGAUAUUGAGCUAUAUAAAGAUCACGAACAGGAGAAGGGUGAAAGUAUGGUAGAAGAUGUAAAUAAAGCAGGUAAAGAUGAAGGUGAAGCGAAAAAUGAAGGAAAUAUUGAAUCUUCUAAGGCAGGUGAAGUUAAAGAUCCAUCCUCUGAAAAAUCUUCAAAAACUGAGAAAGGAGAACUUGUACAUGCCAGAGAUAACAAAAACAUAAAAUUGAAACCAAAGCCAACAGAGGAAGAACGGAAGACGAAACAAACCCCUGAUGCUAGUAAAUUAAAGACAACAAGAGCCAGAGAAAAUAAACCAACAGCAAAGAACGAAAAUACAGCUUAUACAACACAAC